AUGGCGCCGCAUAAGAAACCGUGGAUCCUCAAUGCAUUCGCCAUGUUCACCCCAGGCCAUUUGUCGGCCGGACUGUGGAAACACCCCGACGACCAAGCCGGAGACUUUACCAACCUCGACUACUGGAUUGACCUCGCCAAGACGCUGGAAGAAGGCAAAUUCCACGGCCUGUUUCUCGCCGACCAUCUCGGCGUCUACGAUGUGUACAAGGGGCCUGCGAAUCGUGAUCCGGCGCUUCUUUCGGGCGCCCAGUUUCCCAUUGGCGAUCCGUUCUUGCUGAUAUCGGCAAUGGCAUCCGUCACGAAAUCACUGAGUUUCGGCGUCACGGCUUCUACCACGUAUGAGUUCUCGCCGUAUGCUCUGGCCCGCAAGUUCUCGACGCUCGAUCAUCUCACGCGAGGUCGGAUCGGGUGGAAUAUUGUCACUUCUUUCCUGGACAGUGCAGCCAAGGCGUACGGACUGGACGAGCAGAUCCCACAUGACGAACGAUAUGUGCGCGCCGACGAGUACCUAGAGCUGACGUAUAAACUCUGGGAGGGAACAUGGCAGGAUGGAGCGGUGUUAAAGGACCCGGAGAUGGGCGUUUAUAGUGAUCCUGCAAAGGUGCGAGCUAUUGAACAUGAAGGGAAGUACUUCAAGAGCACUGCUGCAAACCAGCUCCCGCCGUCGAAACAGCGUACUCCCCUUCUUUUCCAAGCUGGUGCAUCAUCGGCUGGGAAAAAGUUUGCCGCCAGCCAUAGCGAAGUGAUGUUCCUCCCUGGCCUAGAGCCUGAGAAGACAAAAGUCAUUGUCGACGACAUGAGAAAACAACUCAUCGACAUAGGCCGCGCCCCCGACAGCAUCAAAUUCAUCGCAGGUUUCCUGGUCAUCGUCGACGAAACCGACGAAAAAGCCGCGGCCAAAUACCAACAACACCUCCAUCACGCCGAUCUCGAGGGCACAGCAACUCUCUUCGGCGGCUGGACAGGGGCUGAUCUGUCGCACUACGAGGACGACGAAGACUUCAGCUUCACGACCCUCUCGGGCAUUCAAUCACUCAUCCAAAGCUGGUCGAGGACAAUCCCCAACUCCAACGGGCUCAAGUGGACCAAACGCCGGAUUUUGCAGGAACUGGCCUUGGGAGGCGUGCAUCCCCGAGCGAUUGGGUCGGCGAGUACGGUUGCGGAUGCGCUUGAGAAGUGGGUGGAUGUGGCGGGCGUCGAUGGGUUUAAUUUCUCGUAUACGGUUUCACCGGGCACGUUUAGGGAUAUGAUUACGUAUUUGUUUCCGGAGUUGAGGAGGAGAGGCGUUAUUUGGGAUGAUUAUGAAGUGCCUGGCGGUGCGGCGAGGGAGAAUUAUUUCAUGGAUGGCAAGGGGCCGCGGGUGCGCGAGCAUCAUCCGGCUAGGAAAUAUGCGUGGACUAUGUAG